CACAUGGAACGGGGGGCUCGGGCAGCGGGGUAGAGCCCGGGCGGCUGCGGGGAGAGCUCAUGGAUAGAGGACGCUUGGCAGGAUAACCCCGCGAUGGCUGCUCAGUCGAGCUUGUGCAACGAGGACAGAAACUUGCUGCGUAUUCGAGAGAGAGAGAGACGGAGUCAGGAGGUUCUAGAGAAGAAAGACCAGUUCUCAAAAAAGACUCCCCUCUUUGCAGAACCGUACAAGACUAAUAAAGAAGAUGAGUUGUCAAGCCGAAUUCAGAACAUGCUGGGCAAUUAUGAGGAGGUCAAGGAGUUCAUGAGCAACAAAUCCUGUCAGAAUCUCAUAGGAAUUCCGAAAAGCGUUGUUCCUCUGAUCCCACCAGGACAGCCUGAUUGCCCAUACUUUCCUGGAAAGACCAACCAUACAUUACCAUCUCCAUUCCAGCACCCGCCCCGCCGUCCACCCGUGGGACCUAUGGUUGUAGCACCUCGACCUCCAAGCCACUCCAUUCACUACCAAAAGGCACAAUCAGGAACAGAACCAGCUUCAGGUUUGCACACCAAGAGUCGCAGCUUAUCCAACAGUGGGAGCCAAGGUCAAGGACGCAGUCGUGGUGACCGGGAAAGUCAGGCAGGUUUUCAGCACAGUCAGAAUGACAAGCCUGGGGAUGGUGAAGGUCGUGCUCAUGAACUGCAGGCCUCCCCUUUGCCACUUUCCCCAUUACUGCCAUGUUUGUUGUCUUCUCCAGUGGCACCCCUGUCACCUCUACAUUCCAGCCAGCAUAUCAAUUCCAGGUCGCAGAAGAGCAGCAAAAGUCAUGGGCCGACUUACAGUCAAACAAAAUCAUCUCAGGACCUAGUAACAGGAUCACAGGAGAAGGAAAGUUGGGACAGCUCAGCCAUUACCUUGACCAGCACUGCUCAGCCUUCCUCUCAGACUUUUCCCCCAUCUUUGACAUCAAAAGCCAGUGCAAUGCAGCAGAAACCAACUGCCUAUGUCAGACCCAUGGAUGGCCAAGAUCAGGCACCAUUUGAAUCCCUGGAGCUCAAACCUCUCAUGGAGGAAUAUCACGAAGGACCUAAUGAAGAUCUCUUGGAUUUGAAGGCAAAAGUCAAAGCUGAAUUAUCCAAAUUGGAAACCCCUUCUGAGCGCAAGGAAGAACCCAAUGAAGAUAUCUUAGAUUUGAAGGCAAAAGCCAAAACUGAACUAUCCAAAUUGGAGACCCCUUCAAAGCCUGUAGAGCAAACCAACUCCAUUGAUGUGCAGUCCAUUGAAGAAAUUUUGAGGGAAAUGACCAGAUCAUGGCCACCUCCCCUGACAGCUCUUAAUACUCCUACUAAAGCAGAGCCUUCCAAAUUUCCAUUCCCAGCAAAGGAAUUGCAGCCUGAGGUAUCUGUAGCACAGGAUCAGAAGCAGUAUGGCACAGCUUCAGAAACAUUGCCUAGUUCUCAGCCAAGAACAUCAAUGCUCCAGGACGACCUGCAGCUCAGUGAUAGUGAAGAGAGUGGUGACGACCAAGUUGUUGAAAAGUCACCAUCUUCACUUACUCCUCCAAGUUCCUUACAGUCUCAGCCCAAGAGUGUGGCAUCAGCACAUUCCAGCAGCUCAGAGUCAGGGAGCACCAGUGACUCAGAGAGCUCCUCAGACUCGGAGACAGAGAGCCACUCCAGUGACAGUGAAGUGAAUGACCCUCCAAGAGCACCAGCGCCUGAGCCCGAGCCACCAACUUCUAAUAAGUGGCAGCUCGACAACUGGCUGACCAAGGUGAACCCACCAGCAGUGCCAACAGAGAGUCUCAGUGAAAUUACCUAUGGGGAUGGACAUGAGGAGGGCAAGAAGCAGGAGCAGGGCUUCAGCAGCAAUUCCUCCCAUAGGCAUGCUGAGCCAAGGGAGCCUCAUCAUAAGAGCCAAGUGGCCAGGGCUCCUCGGGACACUCAUCUUCCAACAAAACGCAACUGCCAGAAGCCCCCUGUUCCCACCGAGGAGCCCUCGCCCAGACAGACUGUAGGUAUCAAAAGGCCCAGCAAGCCCCUGGUGCAAGAGGGGUCCAAGAGAGGCCUGAAGGUGGAGAGUGACCCUGGUCCUUUGGAGGUCAGAGACCAGUCUUCCAAGGACAAGCCGAAAGUCAAAAAAAUAGUCAAGCCAAAAUCCACUGACAGAAAAGACCUGAAGUCAGCACCUCAAGAGCCCUUUGAGAAGAGAAAGCACAAGGGCUCCCACCAGGCCAACACCAAAUCCUUCUUGGACCCCAAGCUCAUGGAAGAUGCCCAGACAUGCGAUGCUCUCAUUCCCCUUCCUCAAGGCCAGGGCACAACCCCAAUCAGGACCAGCAGCCACAGGCCUCAGGAUUUGCACAAGGAGAAACUGCCUUUGCCUCUCGGGGAGAAGUUGCUCUCACCAGUGAGGGACCUCCCAACCCGUGACCGCCUCGUGGUGAAAAUAGAUCUCCGUCACCUGGCAAAAGUCCCUCAGCCUCCCAGAAAAGACCGACACCAGAAGAGAACAGAGACUAAGGACCUCCCUGGUUCAAGGAAACAGGACUUGAAGAGGAAAGCCACAGACACUCCUGAGGAGUCCCUUCAAAAGAGGAAGAGGGAAGAGAAGGAAGAGACUGAUAGGAAGAAAAAGAAAUCAGAAAAAGAAACAAAAUCAUUGCAGUCUUCAGCUAACAAAGACUCCAGUAAACCGAAAGCAUCAAAAGCUUCAUUUGAAACCCAGAAGAAAGAUGUGUUGCUCCCAGCACUGCCACCCACGUCUACUGCACAUCCUGCACCAAAGUCAACCAAGAUGGCCCAAAAGAGACACAAAACCGACACUGAUGAUCUGCCUGCCAUGGAUAACCCUGCCAGGAACAAGAGCAACCACAAGGAUCCUCUGUCUGCCAAGCACAGGAAAGUGGAGGGAAACCAUACAGAACUGUCAAAGGGCAUCAAAGGAUCUGCAAGGGAUGAGACAAAGCCUUUCCCAGUGCCUUUUUUGCCAAAUGGUACCUCCAAGCCAAGAAGACCUCAACUCAAGUUUGAAAAACAGCAUUCAAAGGAAUACUACUUCGAACAGGCCCAGAGGCUGAAGCACAAAGCUGAUGCAAUGACUGACAAGACUGGAAAGGCCUUUCAGUACCUAGAGGCUGCCCUUUUGUUCAUCGAAUAUGGUAUUGCCUUGGAAACAGAUGCACUAGAACCAAAAUCAGCCUACAGCAUACUCAGCGACACCAUAGUUCUCAUCAAAUUCAUUAUGACAUUGAAACCAUUUGCAGACUCCUCAGUCUCUCCACAUGGAAAAAUCUUUGCUGUGUUACGCAUGCGCUGCCAGUCCAUUCUGCACAUGGCAAUGUUUGGUUACAAAAAAGACACUGCAAUGAGGUAUUCCAGACUCCUGAAUGACCACUUCAAGAGUAAUUUCAGAGUAAUACAAGCACCUUCUCCAGGUUUUGCAAGAAGCACAGGCUUGCCUUCUCCUCUUUCUCCAAUACCCUCUCCUGCUGGUUCUGUGAGUUCUCAGCUGGGAUCAAAUGAUAGCAACAGCACUGGCCACAAUGGCAUUGGCAACGGCGUUGGCUCUACAGUCACUGUCUCCUCUCAUAUCUCAAGCGUCACCUCUUCCUAUGUCAACAUCACUUCCUAUAUUCUCCAUGCAUAUGAAAUUUGGGAAAAGGCUGAUACACUGGCCAGAAAGAAUAAGGAGUUUUUUGCUGAACUCAACAGAGCGACCUGUGCUCUGGCACUGACCAGUAGCCUGACUGACCUGGUACACUACAUCAGACAGGGAUUACAGUGGCUGAGACUGGAAGCAAAUAUGCCUUAACUGGUUCUCCAGGUGGUUAAAUACCUUGAAGUUUUUUGCACUUUUGAAGCCUCGGAAACAGCCUCAGUUUAAUUUUUUUUUAUUAUUAUUCAAUACAAGCACCUGCAAGGGAAAAUAUUUUAAAUAAAGAUGGAAGUUAUCUGGUUACACUGGAAAACCUUUGAACUGUGUUAUUUUAGGGUAGCACUUUGCUGCCUUGAAAAAGAAGAGAUGGAGGAUGGCACCUUCCUUUAAAAUGAUGAAGUGCAAUGAAUUGUCUGAAUGGCCCAAUGUAUUGAUGGUCUUUAAACAUUUCUGUUACAAAUAACCAGCAGGACGAGAGUUGCACAUGAUGCUGACAAGAAGGAAAUCUGCCUCCAGAGGUGGUUAUGCAACAUCCCACAGCCUACAGCAGUUGUGUGCCCAGAAAACGUGCCGGAGAAGUUGUUUUUGCAAGCAUGGAUGCAAUCUUUGGUGUCUUUGUUCCCCAGAGAGCAAGUAGCAACCUCAUCAGCACUGGACAGCAUUAUGUUACAGUAAAAACAGCAGAAGGAUCAGCUUUGCCCGCUUUCCAGCCUCACCCUCUUGCUUUUGUCAGCCAGCUGAUGGAACUGGGGAACCCACUGCCUUCAGUGCUGCAAGUUUACUUUUUAAGUCAUUGCUGCUUUGGUCCUCCUUGCCGUGUUCUUGUGCACAUCCAUGCCCAUGGCACUCGAACUGUGUUACUACAGGUCUUGCUCGGUUUCAACCUUGUAAGCCAAACAUAGCUGGGGUGGCAAAAUGACAUGGUGUGGUUGGAACAGCUCUGCCUCUCUUCUGAGGAGUGUCACAAUGAGGAUUCAUUGUUGGGUUGCUUUUUGUCAUUUUGGGGGGUGGGGGUGCAAAGCUGCACUGGGUCAGUGUGAUUGCUUGGACAUUGUUCUGAGUCUGAGAGCUUCCAUGGGGAGGAAUCGCUUCUGAUUAAGGAGGGACUAAGGGACUGAAUGUGGAACAUAAGACAAAUUUUGCAUGUGGAUAUUUACCUGCAACCAUUGGGGGUCUCGAUGAAUAUCUAAGAGCCGGAUUUGGUACCAAAGCGAGUCUCCUUCAUGUGGGACAGAACUCACAUGCUCUUUCUCAGCCACACUGUACGAUGGGCCCAGUGACUUAGAAACCUGUCAAGGGAACACGAAAGGGAAUAAUUAGUGUUUGCAAGCAUUUUUUCCUUGUCACAGUAUCAGUGAAGGCAGCAUCCAUGGCAUUUGCGUGUUAAGUCAGGUGACACCCUUCUCUAUCCAAAGAUUUCUUGUAGUGUGACAGCAGCAUCCUGCCAUCCUCAUAUAUGAGUGUGCCUUAGCCCUCUGGUGCCCUCUCGCAUCCCUCACCCUAUCUCUGACAGACCCGUGGGAGUGGUGAAGAGAAAGUAUCCUAAAAUAAUUGUGUUUACAAGAAAAAAUUCUCCCUUUUCCACAUAAUUUCACGAUGGACAAACAUUUCUGCACACGUGCAGCAGUAUGCCCUUUGUAAAAUACCUGCUCAUGUGUUUGAGGCUCAUCAAAAUGGGCAGUAAAUAAAUAUCAGCAAAAGGUCUGCGUUUCCAAAAGUAGUUUCUGUAGAAAUGGCCCGUGCCACAGGGAAGCCUGGAGUCAUCCCAGCUCUGGGAGGGGGUGGCUGCGGCUCUGCCCGGGUCCUGAGCACAAGGGAGCUCUCUGGCAGCGCAGGACAGCUGGGAUCAUGGCUGGGUCUUUUCACACCCUGAAGGGACUGUCCUUUCAUGUUCACUUUGUUAAAAGCCUUAGUACAUUUCAGGGAUGAGCUGUCCUAACAAAUGGAAGGAAGGUCCGUGUCCCUCCUCCCAUUUUACCUAUCAAACUUCGUUUGCACUCCUCCUCCCUGGAGCAGCAACUGCUUGGAGUGAGCCAGGGACAGAGAGAGGCUCAGCAUUAACCAUUUUGUUCUCAGGAAGCAUGGGGAUGGGCAGACAGCCUGAAGGCUAAUGUGCACUUUGGAGCUCGAUCCUAGACUAGUGGAUCGAUGCUGCCUUCUGACUUUGUCUUUAGACAAAGCUAUUUCUAGGAUCACCAGCUGAGGAGGAGGAAAGAAGAAAAGAAAGCUUUAUUGAACCUGAAAACCUGUGGGAGCCUGCAAGAACUGUAGGAGAGUGUUAAGGGUAAGCAUAAGGUGUAGCAGGGACACGGGUCUUCUGGUACUUUCAUUUUGUGUGCACCCAUGUCCCUCCCUGCUUUCAGACCAGGUUCCCAUUGGAGAGCCACUGGCUCACAGCUUUCCCCCAGCCAGGAGAACCACCUGCCAGGACCUGCUAGGCAGGCGUGUGGCUGCCCCUGUCCUGCAUCCAGCUCAGCCUGUGGUGCUCCAGGUCCUGUCCUCACCUGUCCUGAGCUGCCCAGAUAGGGAUUAUCUGUUGCCUUGCUCCUUGCAAAGCUCAUGCGAGGGUGUCGGGCAAACAAAGCCAGUAAGAAGAUGCCUAGAGAAGGUAGAUGAAUUCCUGAUAAUUGCUUCUUUACAGCUGGGAAAAGACAGCACGUGCUGCGCUGCUCUGCAGAAGCGGUUGGGCAAGGGCUGCUCCCAUUCCUAGGGCAAACUCCCCUGGGCUUUGCGGGAAAUGAGGUCAUGGGCAGUUCGUGUCACGGGUUUGUGGGGGGCUGCUUGGGGGCUCUUACUUCAAAAGCAAUCUGUGGAAGCAUCAGUACCAAGCUCCAUAGCAGGGAGCUAUGUUUUGUUUCAGGACACAGAGAAGACUGUUUAAAUAAUAGGUAAUUUUUAAAAAGCCAUCAUAUUUCAACCUUGAGCCAGGUCAGAGGCCUGCAAAGGGUUAGGAAAGAUAAUCAUCAUUUUCAUCUGGGCCUAUUCAGGCCUUUACAGAAAACAAACAAAAGCCAAACAAGAAUAAAUAAAAACACAAACCAAAACAUAAGAGUGGAGGAAAUAGCAUUUGCCAUUAAGAAGCAAACCAUUAAUCCAAGGAAAACCAGAGGUGAUGGUUGAGUUGCAGAAGGAAAGGAGGCAGCUAUGGUGGCAAAGAAGCAUCAUUUCCAUGCAAUAUUUAUUUAAAAGAAAUAAUAAUACAUGUGUUGAAAUUGUCAAAUGUUCUAUUUUUAAGAUGCCAUUUAUUUAAUAGUUGAAAACCCCACUUACAUGGAGAUAGAGAUCUCUUGAAAGUCAAAGUCUGACUGCAAUGUCCUUGUUUUUGGUUUUGUCCUCUCCCCUCCCUCUUGGUUCCCAUGAUAAAUCUGUACAUCUUAUUUUGGGGAUGUGUGUCCCACUUGUAUAUAACCUUUUUCUGCCCUGUGUGUGAUGGAGUUUCCAAGAUGGUUGAUGGUUGAUUCAUUCAUAUGGGGAAACAAACAAUAAAUGAAUGUUUGUUAUGAGGUGUUGCAAGA